AUGCCCUCGCCCGCGCGCCUCGCGCUCCCGGGGGAGCUGUCCCCUGCGGGUCCCGCGCGGCCUUGCAGCAGCCCCUGCGAGCGUCCUGCGAGGCGGGGUCCACGCACAGUGGACGCCACCCCGCCCCGCGCGCCCCGCCUGCCGCGCCGCCUGGCCUGGUGUGCCAUCGACUGGGAGCAGGUACGCGUUCUGCGGAGGCUGGGCGCUGGCGGCUUUGGCUGCGUCUACAAGGCCACUUACCACGGGCGGCCUGUGGCCAUCAAGCAAGUGAGCAAGAGCUCCAGGAAUCGCCUGGCUUCGCAGCGAAGCUUCUGGGCCGAGCUGAACAUAGCUAGGCUUCGCCAUGACAACAUCGUCCGCGUGGUGGCCGCCAGCACGCGCACGCCCGCGGAAUCCAACAGCCUGGGCACUAUCGUCAUGGAGUUCGGCGGCAGCAUCACUUUGCACCAAGUCAUUUAUGGGCCGGGUGGCUGCGAAGAUGAGCCAGGGGAGGCCCCGUGCUGCAGUGGGCCGCAGCUGAGCUUGGACAACUGUGUCAGGUAUUCCCUGGAUAUCGCCAAGGGCCUGGUGUUCCUCCACUCUCAGAGCAUCGUGCACUUGGACCUGAAGCCAGCCAACAUUUUCAUCAGUGAGCAGGAUGUCUGCAAAAUCGGGGACUUCGGUUGCUCAGAGAAGCUGGAAAACUUGUUGGGCUUCCAGGGCCCCCACCACCUAGGAGGCACUUACACGCACAUGGCCCCAGAGCGCCUCAAAGGAGAGACCGUGACCCCUAAAGCAGACAUCUAUUCUUUUGCUAUAACUCUCUGGCAGAUGACGACCAAGGAGGUGCCUUACUCAGCGGAGCGACAGUAUGUGCUCUACGCGGUUGUGGCCCACCAUCUUCGCCCAUCUCUCUCAGCAGCCGUCUUCACGGACUGUGCCCUGGGCCAGAGACUUGAGAACAUUAUCGAGUCCUGCUGGACAGCCAGCCCCAGACACCGCCCGAGUGCAGAACAUGUCUUUGCGGACCUCAACUCUUUAAAAACCGAGUUUGGCUCCUGUUAA